CUUCCCACUUUCAGGAAAAGUAGGGAGGAUGGCGUUUUCAAAUUUGCGUGUAUUUCUCAACAAAAUAGCCGAUGACAUAGGAUCUGAAGAUCUUGCUAUUUUAAAGUUCCUUUGUGGUGACAAUUUGACCAAAAGAAGGUUAGAAAAUAUAACCACUCCGAGAGAACUGUUUGUAGCCAUCGGUGAGAGAGUCGAAGGCGAAGACGAGCAGCUCGAUUUUCUAAGAAACCUCUUUCAAAACGCCAGUAGAUUUGAUUUAAAACACAAAGUUGAAAGUGUUAUUAGUUCUAGAAAAGCGAAUGAAAAUGGGACCGGUGGACAGUAUGCUCAACAGAAUAAUGUCAAUAACAGGGUGACAGGUAGAGCCCAAUCAACUCUCUAUUCUAAUAACACAGGUCAAAGCUUUGCAUGUAGGUACUAUCCGAAUGAGACACCAGCUCAAACAGGAACCUCUGCUUGGGUUUCACCCACCAUGUCCUCACUAAUGGCAAGGGGAACUCAACAGGCUGGCAAUCAUUUACAGUCACCCAUCAGUAAUUUUAUGACAGGCACAGAUGAAUGUGCCCAUCAAUAUACUCAGCAUCCCAUGGGACCAUUUAAAAGUUAUCCAUUUAAAAGUUAUCCAGCCCAAAGUUAUCCCAUCCAAAGCUAUCCAGUCCAAAGUUAUCCAAUGCAAAGUUAUCCUCAUGGUCCAGAAGAACAAUAUCAACCUUCCAAUAGAAAUGACCAAACUCUUGGGUGUAAUCCAUCUACUGGUAGCCUGCAACAGCAAACUCCUCAACCAGAUUCUGGAGGUAAUAUUGUUGUGGAACAGCCUAAACCACAACCUGCUGUACAACCAAAGCCCAUUGUGUACCCAACUCAAGUCAGUGUCCCAUUUGGCCAACAAGAGCAAUCUUCUGAGAAGACAGCAGGCCAUAAGAACUCUCAAGGUUAUGCUGAAUUUCCUCCAAACAAUCAGGGAACGACUGUGGAUUUAAGAUCCCCUAUGACUUUACAGUUGAGAAAUCCAACUGUGGGUAAUCAAGCACAGCUUGCAGGAUUAAAGUACAGAGAUCAUCCAGAACAAGGGAGCUUAACAGCAUAUUUAGGUGAUAUCAAUUCAGGAGCUUCCAGCACCUUAGUGUCAGGUAGUUUGCUUGGAAGCAAUCAAGACCAACAUGAAGGAAGAGAUAACAUAGACAUUCCGAACCAAGGACAUUCAAAUAUUAAUUCUGGUGAAACUAAUCCAGAAGGUCACACAGAACAAAGAAGUACAAUGAUGAAUUCAGCUGAUGAUAGUUUGGGAACUACCAGCACCUCAGUCUUAGGUAGUUGGCCAGGCAGCAAUCAAGCCCAUCUUGGAGGGAAAGAUGACAAAGGCAAUCCAAAUCAAGGACCUUUAAAUAGAAAUUCUGGUGAAAUUGAUCCAGGAUCUUCAAUGGCCUUAGUUCCUGAUGAUCUAACUUUUAGCAGUCAAGCUCAUAAUGCUGGAAUGGAUAAUUUAAAUCCAGGAAAUGGAAGAGCAGACACCACAAUCAUGGUAAACACUACGAACUCCAAUCAAUUUACAAGCAGUUCAUCUGCAGAGAAAGUUCCAGUUGAGAGUACUGUAUCAGUCAAUUAUGAUACUGAAGUUGCGGUACAUUUACAUCAGAAAUGCCCAGUUGAGAUGAGCUAUAACUGUUUUACAAAAUACUUCAAUCAUCAAAACAGCAAAGUACUGGGUAAAGGAGGCUUUGGAAUUGUCUAUGAAGGUACCAAGAAAUUUCAUGGUCAGAGUGUUGUCAUCAAAGAAGAACACCAGUCUUUAUCUGGACUCCCUCAUGGCGGAGCUCAAUUGCAGAGGGAAAAAAAAGUUGGUUAUAUUAAACAUCCUAAUUUGAUGCCCCUCUAUGCCUUUUGUGAGGAGGAAGGCAAACCAUGCUGUCUGAUGUACCCUAAAAUGCACACUGAUUUACACAAAGCUUUACGAAAGGACUCAAAAGGGUAUCAAAAAUUACCUUUGGACGGUAGACUAAAGAUUGCACUUCAUACGGCCAGGGGACUGCAUUAUUUGCACACAGAAGUGAAAAAUGAGAGAUGUGUAAGGCAGGAGAUUGUACACAUGGAUGUAAAGCCAGGGAAUAUAUUUCUAGAUGAACAAUUUAAUGCACGUCUAGGAGAUGCUGGAAUGGCCCAGGAGUUACCCUUGGAUUACUCUUAUGCAUCUCUCAGCCAGAUUCGUGGAACAAGUGGAUACCUAGAUGCAUUUCUGAAAGAAAGACACUUUAAACCUGUUAAUGACAUUUUCUCAUUUGGAAUAGUGCUCCUAGAACUUUUCACUCAGAACAGUGCUGUUGAAAGAGGUCCACAAAACAAAGAUGUGACCUUGUAUGACAAACUAAAUAAAAAAGGAAUGUUUUCAGAUGUAAACAAAUUAAUGGGCUUGGCACGGAAGGUUGUCUGGCCUGAAAGUGCAGAUGAGAAAAGUUUCACUGAAGAAUUUGCUAAUCUUGCGAUAGACUGUGUUAAACCACCAGAGAACAGAGCAAAACUGUCUGAUGUGUGCAAGAGACUAGAGAACUUACUGCACAGGAAAGGAGUCAGAAAAUCUUCAAAUCCCAAAGAAGGAGCCCAUUGUGUUUCUUGUCUACUAAAUCAUUCAGCGAAGUAUUUGGGAGUGAGGUCACCUAACUGUGACCAAAGGUGUGGCUAUUUUUGUGCAACUUGUUUGAUGCAAGCACGACGGAAUCCUCUGGAAUGUCCAAACCAUGGGCCUGCUGAACCUCCGAUUGGAGGAUCUGACACAUAUGCAGUUCUAGUUUGUGGAAGUGACCCAGACUCACCAAAGACUGCUGCAAUCUUUCAUCAGGAUUUAAUUGGUUUUAAAAGUGUUUUAACAGACAGCCGCAUUGUUGGAGUCAGGAAAGAUCACAUAUCUACUAUUACACCUAGUGCAUCAAGAGGCACAUCACAAUCUGACCUGGUUAAACAAGUUCUACAAGAACUUAAACAGAAGCUUCAAGGAAAGAAAGAUGUGUUUGUGUACUUUUAUUUUUCUGGUCACAGUGAUCAUAAUGGUAACUUGCUCUGUUCUUCAGACAAUGAUUGCUUAACAGUGGAUGAUUUGAAAAACCACCUAACCCUUCUCAAUCCCCAUGUCCGUGAAUUCUUGAUCAUUUUGGAUUGCUGCUUUGCUGAUGGCAAUAUUGCCUCAGAACAUAUUAAGGACGAAAGCUUUCUCGUUCACAAGUCACUUGACUCAGUAAAUGUGGAGGCUCCACCACAUCCUCUUGAGUCACUUUGCAGUGAAUUUCAGGAGGCAAGUGGUGCUGAGAGUUCUUGUGUUAUUGGCAAGAGUCCAAUUUCAAAUGCUGAAGCAGACUUUGCAGAAAGUGAUUUUAGUACUGUAGAUGAAAACGUGAUAAGCAAGGCUCCAGUUAUACCAUCUUUCACCUUUCGUCAGUGGUCUUCUUCAUUAUCUCAACAACAAUCUUAUGCUCAGAUCAGGUCAGGAAGCUUUUUGACACACUACAUAACCUGUGGGUUACGUGGUGCACAUGACUGUAAAUUUAAGGACUGUAAGUUUUGUGGUAAAUUCAAAGCUCAAGCCAAAUCAUUGGGGUAUAUUACUGCUUCAAACUUGGAAGAUUUUGUCUCCAAGCAUGUAGAGGAAGCUGCUGCUAAAGCUGGUGGACGGAGGCAGAGUCCACGCAUACGAUCAAUCCACUCAAAGGAGACAAUACUGGCUUUUUACAAUGAAGAACCAUUGCGUGAUGAGAUGCUGUUCAAAUCAACUUCUGGGUAUACAGAGAGAAUUGUGGUUGAUAAGUACCCUCUUCACCUUUUGGAUUUUCAAAGCAUGGUGUUUUCCAAGGUUCAAGAUCACCUCCCCAUGUGUGCUGAGGCAAAGCACCUUCAGAUUCUCUGUGAUGAUGAAGAAAUUGACAGCACAUCUUAUGUAGACCUAGAAGACUAUCUUAGACAGGGGUAUGACAUUAAAUGUCAGUUAAGGCCAUGCAAUGGUAUUACAAGAGGUCCAGUGGUUGUUGAGAUCCAAACUUACAAGAAUCAGGUUCUGACUCUUCUGAAUUCUCUUCAGAUGUCACGAAAUGAGCAACAGGAUUGUGCUACCUUUGAGAUGAAAACUAUUGAAAAAUCUCUAAAUGCUGAGGAUGUGAGAGAAUGCUGUGAAGACUCCAACCUCAUUGAUCUUAAGGAAAGUUUCGUGGGAAAAUCAAUUGCAGUAAUCCUGACAGAGGCAUCUGUACACCAAGGAGUGUUAGAAAUAAGGGUUUUAGACCAAAGCAUGGAUUGCUGCUUUACAAAACAGGAUUGAACCAUUAAAUGCCAGUACAUGGAAUAUGUGCUGUGGAAGGUUUUAGACAACUUAAGAUUGCACUAAGAUCUGCAGUGACAAAGCUUAGAUUUUUGUAUCUUUUUUCAAAAAGAGAUUUGUAUGAUUGGUCUCUGUAUUAGAAAAGCUUAGUGGUUUUUUUUCACAGAAUAUUACUUUUACUUCUUAUUCAUUUAGCUGUAGUUUAAGGAUAAGGUAGACCUUGGGGGGCCAAUUUUUUUGAAAAUUUUCUUUCAUGUUGAACUGUGUUACUAAAAUGUUUUGAUAAAAUUGAAGAACAGCUCCCCAAAAUAUGUCGGCCAACUGUUGGCCGACUGUUCACCGACAGAUGACCAACAGCUCACCAACAGUUCACUGACAGUUGGCCGACAUAAUGAAAACAAAUUCAGAAAUGAGUAAAUAGACUGUUUUAUUUUGGGGAGCUGUUCUUCACUUUUACCAAAUUUUCUUACAAACUGCAUUUAACUACAGUUUGUGAGAAAAUUUUUUGGAAUAUAUUGAAACAUGCCUGGGUUACUUUGCAAAGCAGAUUUUUGAGCUGAAUUCUGUAGCCCACCAAAAUGUGAAGAGAUAGCUAUAAAAUGUCACCCUCAAUGACUCCCAAAGUGUUUUUUCGGGCAAAACAUCCUGGAAUGGUCCUUGAAUUUCAAUCAUGUAAACACUUUCUGAUUUCAGUUACCCAGAGAUCUUUGCUAUCUGUUUGCAUUUAAAACUAGACGGUGAAUGAAGAAAGAUAAAAAGGAGUGAAAGUAUGAACAUUAAGAAUUUAAUUGAAGGUUGGACUCCUUUAAAACUAUGGCUACUCUUGCUGUAACAUGUUUUCUAUAAGUAUUUACAUUAUUUUGUAAUUUAAUAGUCUAGGUUAUCUCCAGUCUGAAAACUAUCUACUUGGUAAUUAAUGUAAAAAUAUUUGAUAAUAAAUUGUCAGUGAUAUUAGAAUGCAUGCUGUAAUAACUGAUAAGUUACACUGCCCAUAAUUUAAUUGCUUUGUGGCUGCUGGUAUAUUUGUUUUUAGAAAACUUGAGUUAAUCUCUUUACCAAGGCUUGAAAUGACAAAGAAAUGCAGUAGACUCUUUCAACUUGUUUCAUCUGUGUAGUUAAUUAAAGCUAAAAAAAGCAGAAAAUUGUCUGCAACCACAGCUUUCAAUUACAGGAAAUUACCCUUCCUUUAGAGACCAAUGCUGAUCAUUUCGCCAACGUGCCAGUUCCCCAACAAACAUUUCGCCAAUGUAUGAGGUUGAUUUGCCAAUGUCUAAUGUCAGUUUGCCAAUGCUUAUAGGUCAGUUCACCGAGACUCACAAUAGUUGUAAUUACAAAUGACCUGGGGAAUAAAACUUUACUUUUGUAUUCACAGGUGUUCAUAGGUUAGUAUUGUUUGAUUAUUGUUUAUUUCACUCUCCCCAUCUAUUAUUUCCUUGACAGCCAAUCAUGUUUGAAAAAGACUUGGAAAACCAUCCAAGGCUUUUACCCAGUAGAGUAUAACCCUACUGUGAAACACUUUUAUUUAACAGCAUAGUUAAGUAGCUAUUGACUCUCAAUAUGUUUGUUUGAUUACAUGUGAAGAACUGCCACAUUCCCCCCUCAAACUUUUGAGGUUUUUUUUUUUUUGUUGGUCAUUAACUUCUGCAAACUUGGUGGCUCCUAAAAGAGUCACUUUUUUGUUGUGGCUUUUUUUUUUUUUUUCCCGUUCUUCAGUUCCCAUGAGUCAGGGCAUUCAGAUGAGCUCAGGUUCUCAGCAGCCGAAUGGCGUUUAUCUCUUUCCUCUCAUACUUGUCCCAGGAUUCGAAGAGCAGUGCCUGGAGGUUUCUGUUUAGCCUCAAAGUAAAAUUUCAUUCCUCUGGUCAUUUGUAAUUACAAUUAUUUUGGAUGUUGGCAAACUGACAUGAUUGUAAGCAUUGGUGAACUGACAUUAGACAUUGGUGAAUUGAUGUCAUGUUAGUAAACUGUUUAUUGGCAAAACGACUGGUUACCUGGCAGACAGAGUGGAAGAGUAUAUCACCAUCCCUGCUUCCUCCCCCCCCCCCAAAAAAAAAAACAACAACAACAAAAACAAACAAAAACAAAAGAAAAAAACCAAAGCCAAAACAACAAAUAUAAAACUGCAUUUACUGUGCAAGGGUCUAAAUGUACUUAAACAAUUCUUUCCUCACAAUUAAGAGUUUUCAGGGUAUUCAUUUAACACAGGAGAUUGGUGGAUUCUUGAUCAGACUCAACAACAACACCGAAACAAUUAUUUGCCUCUAUUUUUAUGGCCUGAGAUAUUUUUAAAAGGGAUCUAGAGCCUUCUCUUGGCAUAAUAUCCCAUUACUUUACACCAUUUUCCCACUUUCCUUAAUGAACACCCUGAGUUGUAUUUAAUUAAACUGAUUUUAAAAAGACAGACAUUAUUGAAGCUGUCUGUAAGAGAAUGACUGUUGAGAGAGAAUUAAUUGCAUUUUCUCCUUGAUAUCUUUCAACUUUCUCUAUUAAAAAGUAAUGUGCAGUUUGUAGCAUAGAAAAUUAAUUUAAUCCUACCAGAACCAAAGUACCUGAAAAAAUUAAUGACAGAAAAUCUUUGCAAGGCUUGCAACUCUUAUUAAUUUUAGUUUCAAUAAAAACACUACUACAGUG